AUGUCACUAAACUGCUCAGAUCCUCGGUCACAUCCACGAGCAAUAUUAAUUUCCAUACAUUAUUUUACAUUCAUCUGUUAUUCCAUUUGUUUCUGCAUCGCAUUUAUCGGCAAUGGCACAAUGUUUCUUAUUUUGAUCAGGAAUCAACGUGUCAAAAUUCGUCGAGUACAUACGUUAUUAUUGCAUAUGAAUAUUGCGCACCUCAUUGUUACAUUAAUUUAUAUGCCGAAAGAAGUAAUACAUAGCAUAACAGUCGCUUGGUGGGGCGGUGAUUUCCUCUGCAGAAUAUGCAAAUUUUUCGAUAACUUUGGCAAUAGUUUAGCAGCAAAUAUGUUAAUUUGUAUAAGUUUCGAUCGAUUUUAUUCAAUAUUUUCGCCUCUGUAUACACUAAAUGCUAAAAAAUCAGUACAUAGGAUGAUAACGACUGCUUGGAUUAUCAGCUUCUUGAUAAGUGUUCCGGCGGCUGUCAUAUUCCGCACGUCAUCUCAUCCAUGCGCAGAAUGGUUUAUACAGUGUGUAUCAGGUGAUUUUGUUGGUGCUGUAUCACAUAAUGUUAUUUUCGCUUAUACCAUUGCUAAUCUUACACAGGUUUCUUUAUUACCGCUAAUAGUAACGGUUGCCUGCUAUUCGUUCAUAUUAUACAAAAUCUCUUCCAAAACUGAAGCUAAAAUACUUGAAACCCAAUCAAAUUCAAGAUUUACUAGCACUUCAAGAAGUUCUGGUAGAAAUUAUACUCGUGCCAAAAGUAGAACGUUGAGGAUGACAUUUGUGGUGGUAUCUGCAUUUCUGCUGUGUUGGACACCUUAUGCGGUCGCUUCAUUAGUUCACUUCACUAUAAAACCAAGUCCCAUACCAACUAUUAUUCGAAAAUUGCUCUACACAUUUGCUGUAUUUAAUUCUGCAAUUUCACCAUACCUUUAUGGUUAUUUUUCAUUCGAUCUUAAAAGGGAAUUAUUACUAUUAGCUAAAUGUUCCAAUACUGAUGCAUUUGAGAAAGUACCAGUUUUUAUUCCUGAUUCCACCAUACGCAAGAGAAGUUUACCGAAACGAUCAUUCAACUCAUUUCAAGACUUGUCUGAUGAUCAACAACUUUUAGUUUCAAAAGUAACAGGUGAAAGGUUUGUUAGGAAUAAAGGAAGUUAUAUCUCAACUGCAAAGGACCAUUGA